AGAAAACUAAAAUAAAAUAAGCAAGAGUUACAUGGUCGCAGGUAUUUCCACGCCCUUGGCUUAAGUGAACCAAGAGAGAAUACGUUGCUUGCGAAUGGAUCCUCAGGUGUGGCACAAAGUUGCAGCGAUUUCAGGUGUUGCAGCACUUGGAUUGGGAACCUAUGGUGCUCACGUUUUCAAACCCCAAAACCCUGCUUACAAAGAAGUUUGGCACACAGCAUCGCUUUACCAUUUGGUUCACACCGCUGCGUUAGUUGCCGCCCCAAUUACAAAACACCCCACUGUUUUUGGAGGCCUUCUAACAACUGGGAUCUUGGCCUUCUCUGGGACGUGCUAUACUGUUGCACUUCUUGAAGACAGAAAACAUUCAACUUUGGCUCCAUUUGGUGGCUUUGCGUUUAUAGCAGCUUGGGUGGUUCGUGAUCUUGAAAUCAGUGUUUCUACCGAUGAUGUUCUUAAAGGUUUUCUGUUAACUGUUGAACUUGACUCCAUGUCCUUAGCUGAAGGGGGCAAAAGCAAGACUUUAUAUAACAUUGUUUUCUGAUAUUUAUGAAUAAAACAAGAAAAAAAUAAUUGCAUAAAUAUUUGUAAGUAGAAAACAGAUAUAACGUAAAGUGGUCUUUUGUAAUUAAUAAGUGGAAAAAUAAAAUAA